AUAUUCCUCGUGUAAACGCCUAAAGCUAAAAUAGAACAUGUAUUUCCCAACAACUAGGCACUGUAGAGAUAAUAGGGUGUCAGGCUUCAGUAUCGAUCGCUUUCCCGCUGCUUCUGUCCGCCUUUCGAGAUUACGUUAUUGAUAAACCGGUGUACAGGAAGGUACACACUCAAGCCUCGCCAGUGCCCGGUGAUGAGUAAAACGUGCUCGCUGCGUUGGCUCCUCCGCCCGGCUCCACUCCCUGGCUCUAACUCCUCCCAGUCGCUCAGUUAAGCCCUUGUCCCUUCCUCCCCUUUGUCCAGUCAUUCUACCCUCUUCCCAACCCUCAUUCCUUCCCCGACAGUGCCCGAGUGGGGAAUGCAGCCUCGCGCUCUCCCCUCGAUGCUACGACUAUGCAUUCCGGUGCCGUCUACAUACUAUAUUAAUAGUACGUUGCGAAGGUGAACAAUUAGUCUAGCCUUGAUAGCGAGGACGAAAAUAAAAGAUAAAGCUACAGCUGCGCACUGGCUUCGCGAUGGGUGCAGCCAUUCCAAUCUUACUGGUGUUCAUUGGUUGUUGCAGCAAUGUGGUUUUCCUCGAACUGCUGGUUCAAGAUGAACCUGCCUGCGGUACCAUCCUCACCUUUGCCCAGUUCCUUUUCAUUGCCAUCGAGGGCUUUGUGGUCACCAUGGACUGGGGUAGGAAGAAGAAUGCAAUACCUAUCAAAGAAUAUUUGGUGCUGAUGGCGAUGUUCUUCGCGGUCAACGUCACCAACAACAUGGCUUUUGGUUACAAGAUUUCCAUGCCGCUGCACAUCAUCUUUCGUAGUGGAGGCCUCAUAGCCAGCCUAGUGAUGGGCAUGCUGGUUCUGGGACGCAGUUAUUCCUUGUCAAAGUAUCUGUCAGUUAUCAUGAUCACCCUGGGUACCAUCAUUUGUACUUUUGCGUCGGCAGAGAACCUGGAGGAGACCAGUGACCCGGCAGAUUCCACCUUCACCACGUGGUUGACGGGCAUCGGCAUCCUGACCUUCGCCCUCUUCAUGUCUGCCAGGAUGGGGAUCUUCCAGGAGAUGCUCUACGUCCGCCACGGCAAGCACCCACGGGAGGCCCUCUUCUUCAUUCAUACCCUCUCUCUACCCGGGUUUCUGCUGACGUGGGGGAGCAUCGCCGAGCAUGUGGCCAAGUUCAGCAGCUCAGCGCCCUUGCCAGCCCUCGUCCACGUGCCCUGGCUUGCCUCUGUACCCAGGCUGUGGCUCUACCUCGUGGGCAAUGUUCUCACGCAAUACUUGUGCGUGGGUUCGGUGUUCAAGCUAGGUUCAGAAGCCACGUCACUGACAGUCACCCUGGUCCUUACUCUCAGAAAGUUCAUGUCACUCGUCUUCUCAAUUAUUUAUUUCCAGAAUCCUUUUACGAUGAACCACUGGGUUGGCACCGUCUUGGUUUUCGCUGGCACUCUCAUUUUCACUGAUGUUUACGGAAAGGCUCGGGAGGCCAUGGCAACGGAGCCUCGAAAGAAAACGGAGUGAGAUGGAAUGGCACGAAAUAACUCCUUUGACGUUGAAAUAUUUGUAGAACUGAAUAUGUCCGAAUUUGUGAUAGACUGACAGUAUAUGGCACUCUGAAAGUUAUUCUUUUUGUUGUUGUUGGAAAGAUGGAAUGAACUCUGUGAUUAGCACUAACGGCGUAUGUUAAUUCAUAUACGUUAAUAUAUGGUGCUUUUUGAUGGACUGACAACGAAUUAUGCCUGCCUUACUCAUGUACAGUGAAUGUUUGUGUGUUUUGGCUGUUCGACAUAUAUUUUUGUGAGCUUUUUCUUCUGAUUAAAGGUUGUGCACAAAAAC